AUGAGGCCCAGGACCGGAAGAGAGACAGGAGACGUGAGACUGGGCAGGCAGGCCGACCAGGAGCAAGGCUGGCCCCGGCCGAGCUGGGCUCUGAGCCACGUCCCCCACCCAGGUGGCUGGGUGGACGAGAGAGAGGCUGAUGGGCUGACAAUGGGCCCCGGGCAGCGGGACAGGCAGGGGCUGAGGGCCGCGGGCGCUGCCCUGUCCAUGCCUCCUCAGGGAAGGACUGGCCCCGGGAACCCUCCUGAGGAAGUUCCCAGGCAUCACCAGACCCUCCUGGGCCUCCAGCUGGGCCUCCGAGUCGCCCACACCUCGGCCUCCAAUGGCAAGUGGCCACUGAGCGCCUGGGCUGACCACGCGGGGGAACCCCACCAGGCCGAGCCAGUGUCCCUCCUCCAGGCGGCGGUGUGA